UAAAACGAAUAGUUUCUGAGUCAUAAUUUAGUCUGCGGAUAUAAACAUUGUGCUAAUUGUUCAUCUUUCUGCCUGUGAUGUCGAUCUAAUCCUGGGACAAAUCAACUGGAAUUAAAACCGAGCACAAUUUGGGAGCAGCUGCGAGCAACAGACACAAAGGCGAGUGCGAGUGUGUAACCCGUCUAUACUUGUGUGAACGGAACAACAACAGCUACAGCGAUGGUGGGAAUUAUUGACGAGGCACAUCUAUUUUAUCCGCUGGGUACACGCAUCAAAAUAGCCGAAAACUAUGGCACAGUGCGUUAUGUGGGAGAGGUUAGCGGCCACAUGGGCACCUGGCUGGGAAUUGAGUGGGACGACGGGAUGCGGGGCAAGCACAACGGAAUCGUAGACGGCAAGCGCUAUUUCCAGACACAGAAGCCUAUGGCGGGCAGUUUUAUCCGGCCGGGCAAGUUGGGGCCGUGCGCCACCCUGGAGGACGCCGCCCGGGAGCGGUACCUGAACUACGACUCAAGCAACGUCGACGAGUCCCUCAUUCGGGAGACACAAGCUAGUCUGCAGGCGUCCCUCUUUGAGGUCGUGGGCAUGGACAAAAUCGCUCGGAAGCAGAGCAAGUUCGAGCAGCUGGCGGAGAUAAGCGUAGAUCAGACGCCAGUGAAUGCUGCCGGGUACUUAAAGGAGCUGACACAGUUGACAACGCUGAACGUAAGCCACACCUUGAUCUGGAACUGGGAGAUUGUGGCCAGCAUCGCGCAGCAGUUACCCUCCUUGACUAGCCUGAACCUGAGCUCCAAUCGACUGGUUUUGCCCACGUCUUCCCAAAUCUCUGAUCUGGAGCCUGCCUUCCGGCAGCUAAAGCGCAUCAAUCUGCGCAACUGCGGCUUCACCGAAUGGAAGGACGUGAUGCAGACGGCGCUGCUUUGGCCUAAUAUUGUGUCACUGGGCCUGCAGGAGAACUGUUUCGGUCAGCUUGCCGAGGUCGAUCGAAAGAAAAUCUUCAGGCAGCUCCAGGAGCUCGACUUGCACCGCACGAAUAUAAUAGAUUUUGACCAAGUGGCGAAGUUGGGCAACUUGACGACGUUGCGCUUGUUGAAUCUCAUGGAGAACGGCAUCGAAGAGAUAAAACUUCCUGACUGUGAUCCCCAAGAAAAGCUUAAUAUGUUCGCCUCUUUGGAACAGUUAAACCUUCUUUACAAUCCCAUUUGGAACGAAGCUGAUGCUUUUAACGAGCUUGACAAGCUUCCUCAGUUGAGGCGCCUGAACAAGACUCCGCAUCUGAAGUCCAAUUUUGAUGAAAUGGUCUCCAAGGCCGUUGCUAGCAUUAGCGGCCUACAAUUUAUCAACAAGGCCCUGGUGACAGCGGAGGAAAGACGUGGUGCCGAGUACGAUAUUUGGAAGAAGUAUGCCCCGGACUGGAUGCAAGCGACGCAUCAAGGAUCGGAUUCGUUGCGUGAGUUUAACCGGAGGCAUCGCACUUAUCAUUUGCUUGUUAAAAAGUAUGGUUCUCCGAUAGACUUUUUACCACCCAGCCAAGCGAAACGAUCGAACUUAAUUAAUGUUUGCAUACAGCAUCAGCUGACGGGCGAAACUUGGGACAAAAAAGUUCCGCGAAUGAUUACUGUGCAAACUCUGCAAGGAUUGGUUAUGAAGCGAUUUCAACUAGGCGGUAACGUUCCCCAGCUGUGCUACGUUGAUGCACAGCACCCUGAUCUGGUUGUUCCGCUGGAUAACAAUGCAAAAACGCUGGACUUCUAUUCUGUACAGGAGCACGACACGGUUUUGGUUCAAUAGCGUCACGCAUUUCACCUUGGAAAUUAAUUCCUUUCCGUAUUAAGAUGAUGUAUUUUAGUUUUAGGCGAUUCAUAAAAUUGAUUGUUAUUUUUAGGUUGAAAUAGUUAAAUUACCACUAAGCAAUUACGUACGGUUAUUUAUAUUUAGUUUGGCUUUUCAAAAAAAGAAAACGCGUACUUAAAAAUUUAAAAAUUUUAUGAUUUGUCUCCACCGGA